AAAGCUCGGAUCCGGUGCGGAGCUGGCCGCUGGCGGGGCGACUUACUACGUAGUUGAUCCAGGCCCUCGUGAUUGGCCUCGUGACCUUGGGUGGAGGCGGCGGCUGCUCAUCGAAGACGGGGGAGCGAUGAGGCGGCGAGGGAGACGCAGAGGAGCAUGUCAUCGGCGAAAGCUGAGGUGACGCCGCGAAAGCUGAACAUGUCCACCAUCAUGGCCAUUGGCCGAGAUAUAGUCACCAGCCCAGUCACUACUAGGGCUCUCUCGCCGUGUUUCCCCCUCGCCUGUGGACGUGUCCUCUCGCACGGAUCGUGUUGCCGUGUUAUGUAUGUCUCUGCCAUCUUGUCGAUCCAAGCUGAUCUGGCGCCCACAUUGGACGCCCGGAGUCCACCAUCAAAGCCUCAUGCCGAUCGAGGUCGAGAAGGAAAAAGAGCUUUAUUUGGCUGGCAAAAAUAUAAAAAAAAACGUACACGACAUGGAAAUGAUAGAGUCGACGAAAGGGGGCUGAUAGAGAAAAAGGGAAUUAUUACAUUGCGCAAGAGCCCAUCCCAAUCCAUGCUCCCCCUCCCCAAACCCGUAGAUUCAAAUCAAACCCUCUGCUCUUGCUCAAAAAAAAAAUCACCUCUUCGCCAUGUGCAUGCCCCCGCCCCCCCAGCUAGAGAAGGAGGACAUGCAUACAUAGGGAAAUAAUUAGCAUCAACGUCGUUUAAGCUCCCGGCACCUCUUGCUCCCCCUCGUCUCGCGCUCGGUUGCUUUUAUCCCGCCCAACAGGUAUCAUGGGGUAUCUCGAUCCGGGUCGGCAUCCUCGACUAGUUCUGGGGUCGCCGUAUCUCCUCCUCUCCUGCUCGCGCUUGGUCGGUGGGCCAUGUCUCCUCCGCCCUCCCAAUGCUGAUAGUGGUAGUGGUGGU